AGUUUCGAUUUAGUCUUCGUCGCGAGCGGUCGUGUAGCACUGUUGUAGAUAUACGCGAGACAUGGCGCAGGCAUAUGUUCGCAACAGGUGAAUAAUACUAAACGAGUGGAGUGAUAAAAUUCAGCGUGAAGUCAAUAAGAAGAAACUCAAAUUACAAGCCCUUUGAGUUCAAACGAGGAUACUUGAAAAGCGGUCAACAUGCAAAGAGAGCUGAUCAUGUUCGUUGCCCUUAUUUUGGGAAAUCUUCAUGGAAACAGUGGUACACCAGCAGUUAGCCAGAAUCAUAAUACCGACAAUGAUAAAACCGCAAGUGACGAAGACCUGAUGAUGGAACCUGACGAACACAAUGGAGAUUCAGCAACUCAAGCGACUGUUAGACGAGCAACGUCCAUUGGCGCAUUUCACCACCCAUACAAUCAGCAUAUGUACAUCACUGCGACAAGGCGAGAUGAAAGUGCGCAACUCACCGACGAGGAGAGAGCGGUGGCUGCUUCGGAAGGCUUUUAUCCCUCCUUCAUGCGCAGUUCCCGACAAUAUUUUCAGCCAUCUGAAGUUGAAAGAUUCCGACCGCCGACAGCUGGACGAGCGAAAUUGGUUGAACCGUCAAUAUUAGGUUCAGGGGAUUUUGGCGUCCUAAAGGGUGGAACCUUCUAUCAAGACAACGAUCCUCCACUGAGAGGUUACCAGAACGAUUUUUACGGGCUUAAUCUUAAAAGUCACAAUGGUCAUCAACGACCGUUUGCAGCACCCUUGGUGCAAAAAUUCCGCUACCCAUCGGAUCCUGCUGAUCCGUUUUCCAACUUUAGAGAUUUUGCCGACAUUAAUGUUUCAAAUGACGCAGGUCAAUAUUCCGAGCUCUAUGUUGUAUACGCCAAUCAGAAUAGUAGUCAUACUGAGCCAAGCGUAAUCAACAAGGUAGACGAGACAAGUGAAAAAUCUAUUGAAAAUAUUAAAGAUAAGCUAGACCUGAUCGACAAAGAAAUUAGUUUGGAGCACAAAAAAGCAAAACUGAGUAAAACUAAAUUAAAAUUCAUAAAAACUAAGUUGCAAGCUAAAAUGAAGGUUCAGAUGAAGACAGGUAGUACAACUUCUGUUCCUGAAUCCGAAAGUGAUUUCAUGUUAGCGUUAAGUUAAACAAAAUAGAAUGCAAAUAGAAAAUAAUCUAGAAUUGCUUUCUAAAUCAAAGACUGUGUACCUUCGAACAGAUUACCUUUAAUUUCUAAGGUGCAAAUUGUGUACGUACAGUUAGAAGAAUUAGAAAGGUUCUGCUGAAAGCAUAGAUAAGUAAUGAACACUUCAUGACAUUUGAAGACAAACCAGUGCAUCGAAUGGAAGAUUCAUCGAAUAGUGAUAAAAUGAUAUACAGCAAAAAUCAACGUCAAAUCCACUUUGACGCCUUAUGUAAGGGACAUGCGAAUGGGAAAUCGUUUGAUCUCUAUAUAAAUCGACUACCAAAACAACGUGUCACGAUAACUCGUAUAACUCCCCUCCACGAUGACAGCUUUGUUCAGCUAAUGAGCGGGACGCUGUAAAUCUACUUGAUCACAGAUUACUGUUUUCAAAUCUGAUGCAUCACCAAAAAAUAGCAAUUAUACAUAUACAUAGCUUAGAAAUAGGUUAUAUUCAAGGUUUAAUAGACACAUGAAAAAAAAUAUUACGAAGAUUAACAAAUUUUGAACCGUUUUUCAGCAAAAUAAAAAUCUUCAAGACUAUUGUAAAAAAAAUCGAAAAUCCAUCGCUAGUUGCUAUGUAUAAAAUUCGAAAAAAAAAUGGACCAUUAAAACAGCCAAAACAGUUGUAUUCAUGUGGUAUUCUUGUUAUUGCGGUCGGAUCCCUGGAAUUCCUAGUAUUAAAAAUCAAUUCACACACCAGUGAUUGGAUUGAGGAAGGAUUUUUUAAAACUCUGGAAUCUCUAGGAUUUUUUUCUGGAAUUCCAUCAAAAAUUCUUAUGAGUCCGUUUCAUCUAAAUGUUUUAUUAGAAUCUUGUAUUUCAUUCGAUUCAUAGAAAACUUGUAAUCAAUUCAAUCUGGUGGAAAUUCUGAAAUCCGGGUGCAAUGUUCAGAUUUUUACGGAAAGUGUAGUGAAUCCUGGGUGAGCGUUAAAAUUCAAUGAGAAUCCCCCUGCAAUGCCAGGGUUCCCAUCAAAAUUAUAAUAAUUCGUACCGAUAUCACAAAAAUUCCCAUCGGCAUUGAGUAUACCGAUUUUAAAAAGGUUUAUACCAGAAUUAAAGAUUUCCUCUGAAAAUCACAAUUUUGACAUCAGAAUUCUAAAGAUUCACGCCACAAUUUGCAGGAAUACCAACGAAAUCUUAUGGAUUCUUACUCAUGUACCGCCUCGAAGAUACCCACAAUAUUCGAAAAGGGAAAUAACCGGAAUCUCAACCAAAGUACCAAAGUUUCUACCAGAUUUCUAUUAUUUCCACAAGAAUUCCAGAACAACACCGAGAAUUCUACAAUUAUCAUAACAAAUCCAAAAUGUCUAUCGGAAUCCCAAAACUUCGACUGACUCUCGGUAAAUUCAGAAUAACAAUUCCCAUCGACAUUCAUCAUCUUAAUUGCCAAGGUAAUCUUACCGGAAUCUCAGAUUUUUUUUAAUGUCAAAACUCACAACGUUUUCUCAUGAUUUGUACUUAAAUGUAAAUUAAUUCAAUUCCACAAUUUCGAAGCAUGUGUAGCAACAUGUGAAGACAACUACCAGUAGCUUUGUAGUAAAUGCUACCUUUAUUCAUACCAACGCGUUGUUUCUAGUAUGUUCGAAAGAUACAGUAAAUUGAAAU